AUGAGAAAUAAAUAUUUUCUAUUACAUAGUUAUAAUUGUUAUUUUAACAAUAACAUCAAACCCCUUUUCCUUUUACAACAAGCCAAAUGUUUAAGAACCAAAAAAAAAAAAAACUGGGAAUCACCUGAACGUGCAGGAAUAUUUUGCCAAGAAGAGAAAAAAAAAAAAGAGCAUUUGGCUAGUCAAAAAUAUGAAGAAUAUUCCUUUGAUAUGAAUAAUAAAAAUCUAUAUGAUAAUAAUAAUAAUAAUAAUAAUAUUAGUUAUAAUCAUAAAAACUAUUAUAAAAAUUUUAUUAGAGACAAAGAAAUGAACGAAAAAUCUAAUCAUACAAAUAAUGAUAGAGAAGCAUAUAAUGUUGAAAAUAACAAUAGUCUGAAACAUAAAUAUGAAGAAAUGAAAAAAAAAUUAUAUAAAAAAUACAACUAUCACGAAAUAGGAAGUGAUCCACAGAAUAUCUAUAAAUAUGAAGAUAAUUAUGAAAAUAUAAAUGAAUUAAAUAUUCAUAAAAUGUUAUUAUUGGGUUUACAAAAUAUACAUAUAAAUGAAUUAAAUAAAAUGCAAAUAAAUAGUUUUUUAACAAUUCAACAAGGAAAAGAUAUAAUAAUAAAUUAUCCUGACGGGUCAGGUAAAACUAUUGCUUAUUUAUUACCUAUAUUAAAUAAUCUUUAUUUCUUACAUGAUUAUUUAGAACAAAUAAUAUUAGACAGUUACAAUGAAAAAGGAAAUGUUGUAUCUAAUAAAAAUCUUAUACAAAAAAAUUACAAAAUUAAUAAUAAUUUUAAUUUAAAUAAUGAAUUAAAUAAUUAUUUAUUGAAAUAUAGCCAUUAUAAAAAUAAUGUAUUUUUUAAAGAUAAUACUUUAGAUAUAUCAAAUAAAAUGAAAAAGAAAAAAUUUGAUUUAUUACCUUCAUCCUUUAAUGAAACUAAUAAAACUAAAUAUAUACAAGGAACAGGAGGUAGAAAAAGUAAAAGCGCAGGAAAAAAUAAAUUCAAUCAUUUGAAUGAUACAUCUCUUUCUAUGGAUAAUAAUACAAAUGAAUUGAUAAUAAAUAACAUAAGUAUAAUGAAUAAAUUAAUUGAAAUAAUAAAAAUAAAUAAUAUAAAACUCAGCAACUUGAAUAGUGAUUACACCAAUGCAGAGGAAUUAAAAAAAUUAGACAAUAUAAUAAAAUAUAACAUAACAAAUCGAAAUAAUAAUAUAUCUGCAAAUAUUAAAGAUGAAAAUAAAUGUGCAAAGGAUAGAUAUAAUGAAGAAUCUAUCUAUAGAUAUUUAACAUUAAACCCUUUACAAAUAAACAAAACCGUUGUUAUAUUAACUAUUAAUAAAGAUAACAUAAGUCAAAUUAUUAAUGUUAUAAAAAAGUUAGAUAUAUUAAAAAGAAUUAAUAUACAAACCUUAAACGAUGUACCAUACAACGAUUAUAGUAACAAUAAUGACCAUAUGAUAGAUACACAAAUUGAUGAUGUCAAAAAUAAUAUGCAUAAUAUACAUACACAAACACACAAAAGAGAUAAUAAAUAUAAAAGCGCAUCAAAUAAACUUCAUGAUGAGAAUGUAGAUAAGGAUUAUUAUGUAAACAAUAAUAUAAAAGAAGAAAAUUAUAAUUUAGAAAAUUUACAGGUAUCAAAAGUUACACAUAUAGAUAAUCCAGUAUUGUGUAAUGAUGAAAUUAUGUGGACAUAUGCAGAUAUUUUAAUCACAACUCCAGAUAUAUUUCUAAACAGUUAUAAAAAUAAUAAUAAAAUAUCCAAUAACAUAAUACCAUCUAUUAUAAUAUUUGACGAAAUAGAUAUGUUGUUUCAAAACAAUGCGUAUAGAAAUACAAUGAUGAAUAUAUUCCAGAUUAUUAAAAAAAGGCCAGAAAUAUAUAACCCACAUAUUGAUAUAAGUAAUCAUAACAUUGAUAUUAUAAAUGAAUCCAUAGACAAUGCUUUAAUUUAUAAAAAAAGUAAUGUUAAUGGAUAUGAAGAGUAUAUAUCACAGGAUAGAAGUACAAAUAAAAUACAUAAUGAUAAUAUAAAUAAUAUACAUAAUGAUAAUAUAAAUAAAAUGCAUAAUGGUAAUAUAAAUAAUAUACAUAAUGAUAAUAUAAAUAAUAUACAUAAUGAUAAUAUAAAUAAUAUACCUAAUGAUAAUAUAAAUAAUAUACCUAAUGAUAAUAUAAAUAAUAUACAUAAUGAUAAUAUAAAUAAUAUACAUAAUGAUAAUAUAAAUAAUAUACAUAAUAAUAAUAAUAAUAAUAAAAACAUAUAUGAUAAUAGUAAUGAUUAUACAUGUUAUGAUAAUUAUAGUAAAUACGCAAGAAAUAGAACGAAUGACAAAAGUGACGUGCAAUUAAAUAAUAACAUUACAAAUACAUGUAAGAAUAUAAAUACUUUUUAUAAAAGUAAAAACUAUAACAAUAGAGGAAAAGAUAAAAAAGAGGACACUGAAUUACCUCUUAUACAAUUAAUAUAUGUAUCUUCUACCUUACCUUCUGUUGGACCAACCACCGCAGGGAGUAUGUUAACAGAACGUUUUAAUAAUAUUGUAGAAAUUGUAAGUAAAGAUAAUUAUAAAAUACCCAAUAAUAUACAAACUCAGUGGAUAGAAUUAAAUAAAGAAAAAAUGGUACACUUGUAUUUAUAUGAUGAUAGAGAAGUUGAAGAUAAUUUAAAAGAUGACGAAGAAAGAAAAGAAGAAUAUGAAAAUAAAAACAAUUAUGUAGAUUUAAAAGAUGUUUCUUUAUCUAACAAAAUUAACAAAUUUGAAAAAUCAUCUUUUGAGCAUCGAUUGGAUAUAUUAAUAUAUAUUCUUAAGAAAUAUCACGAGAGAACUAUAAUGUACGAUAUGAAAAGGUAUAAUGACAAAUGUGAUGAUAAUGACAAAUGUGAUGAUAAUGACAAAUGUGAUGAUAAUAACAAAUGUGAUGAUAAUGACAAGUGUGAUGAAAAAACAGCUAGUAUUAAAUACUUUAAUAAAAAAAAGUUUAAAUUAAUUCAUAAAUAUCCAAUACACAAAACUAUAAUUUUUGUAAAUAGUAUAAAAGAUUGUAUUAAAAUAUAUAAUUUUCUAAAAAAACACAAUUGGCCUGUUUUUUCGUUUCAUAAAAAUCUAUCUUUAAAUUCAAGAAUACAAAAUUUACAUUCAUUUUCUUAUACACAUACAGCAAUAUUAAUAACAACCGAUUUGAUAAGUAGAGGUAUCAAUAUAAAAAAUGUAGAUCAUAUAAUUAAUUUCCAUUUCCCUUUAGAUGUAAUUACAUAUAUUCAUAGAUUAGGAAAAAUAAACAGAUUACAUAAUAAUGUCAUGGAAAAUUAUAAUAAUAAAAAUAUAAAUACAUCUACUUUAAAUAGGAAAAAAAGAAAAGACGAAGGAAAAAACAAAGUCCACAAAAAAAAAAUAUAUUUAGUAACGAAUUUAAUUUCUACUUCAAAUAUGCCUUUAGCAGAUUCCAUAAGGAAUUUUGACUAUUCAAAUACAAGUUUGUUAUCCUUAUUUUCUCGAAAAAAAUCUUUUAAGAUGAAAAAUAAAAGGAAGAUGAAUGAGAAUACAUCUAGCAGAUAUAUAAAUAUGGAAACAUUAAAAGAAAUUGAACUUGAAAUAAACGAUAAGAAGCUGACUAGUUUGUUUGAUGUAGAUGACGAAAGGGAUAAGAUACAAAAUAACUCUUCAUCAGAUGAGGGUAAUAAAAAUAAUAAUUAUGUGAAGGCCCCUUUUACUGUUUUUACUUUGGAAGAUACUGAUGAUGAGGAUGAAAAUAUGAGCGAAUAUAUAAAUGACAAAUAUGAUGAUGAUGAUAAUAAUACAUCAAAUAGGGAACGUGAAAAAUUUAAUAUGAUGGGAAAAAAAGGAAAAAAUAAAAAUAAUAAUGAUACCACAAAUAAUAGGAAUAAUCAUAAUAAUAAUAAUAAUAAUAUAUUUAUAUCAUCCACAAAUACUUAUCCAACUAACAAUUCGUUUCAUUUUAAUGAAACAGAAAAAGAAAGCAUUCAAAGAAAUUAUAAUAUUCCGAAGAACAGUAAUUUGAAUAUUCCAUCAUGGGAUGAUGUACAAUUUGAUCACAAAAAAUAUAUUAUAGAAAGGUUUAAACAGAAAGAAUGUUAUUUAAUGAAUCAAGUGAAAAGAGGAAAACUCAUAUUAAAUAAUUUCGAAUCUAAUAAUGAUGAGGAUGAACUUUUGUUUUAA